CGGGUGCGAGGAGGUGCCCCCCUCGCUCCGGCUCCAUUUUGUGGCCUAGGCGCGGGGGGGGUAGGAGGCGGAGACGGGAGCGCGGCUGCCCCGCGGUCGGUGUGUGGCUGCCGGUGUGGGGUCAAGCGAGACUCCCGGCGCCCCUCACCGCUCGCUGAGGUCACGGCGAGGCAGGCGCGGGGCGUACGACUUUCCGCCGGGCAGGUCUGGCGGUCGCCGUGACCCUUUAACAACGGCUUCUCUCCGGCCCGCCGGCCGUGCUCGGUCUGCCCCGGAGCCUCCGCGGCGGCAUGGCGGGCCUGGGGGUGGCUUUGUGGCAGCCGAGCCUCGCCGCCCGCGGGCGGAGGGGGCUCCGCUCUCUUUUGUUUUUGUCCGGCCGGCGCCGCAGCCGGCUGAGCCACCUCCCAUCGCCGCGGGAGUCGGGGCCCGGGCCCCCAGCACUCCCACGGCCCCUUGCCGGGCCGGGAGCCGGGCAGCGGGCAGAGAGCGAACCGGCCCCGCCGUUGUCGUUGGGACCGAGAUGGGGUUGGAAGGUCCGACGGUGUUCGGCAGCGGUAGGGAGCGUAGGGUCAGGCCCCAGGAUGUGGUGAGAGCAGCCGGGUGACCGUGCGGGCAGCACCGACCGGGCACGGCGCCCCGGGGAGGGAAUGCUAAGCGGAGGUCUGCAGCAGGGCUCCGGCGGAAGGCUCCCAUAGCAGGCAGGUACAGGUGUGUAGCCUCUGCAGCCCACCGGAGCCGGAGACUGCUACCUUCUGCACGGAAAUCACGGCUAAAGUGAUUAACAAUAAAGUUGCUGAACUGGGGACGCUUUGGUUUGCUCGUUCUGGAAACAAGGAAUCGUGAUAGAUGAGGUUGUCUAACAAACGUAGUCGAGCUAGGUGCAAGGGAGAUUCGUGUAGGUAAGGGGCUUCUCCCUCAUGCCCCUGUGCUGGCUGCUGUUGCAUCAUUGAAGGACAUGAAAUCAGGAAGUGAGAUCGAUCGGUUGGCACAGCCGAGCAGCGUGGAUGACUUGUCCUGUAGCACACAUGGCAGAUGGAUGGUGAUAGCUCCACAACGGAUGCUUCUCAGUUAGGAAUUGCUGGAGAUUACAUUGGUGGCAGUCACUAUGUGAUACAGCCUCAUGAUGACACAGAGGACAGCAUGAAUGAUCAUGAAGAUACAAAUGGCUCAAAAGAGAGUUUCAGAGAACAAGAUAUAUAUCUUCCAAUUGCAAAUGUGGCAAGGAUAAUGAAAAAUGCCAUACCUCAGACAGGAAAGAUUGCUAAGGAUGCAAAGGAGUGCGUGCAAGAGUGUGUAAGUGAAUUCAUCAGCUUUAUAACAUCAGAAGCAAGUGAGAGGUGUCACCAAGAGAAAAGAAAGACCAUCAAUGGAGAGGAUAUUCUCUUUGCCAUGUCUACCUUGGGGUUUGACAGCUAUGUUGAACCUUUGAAAUUAUACCUCCAAAAAUUCAGAGAGGCAAUGAAAGGAGAAAAGGGAAUUGGAACAGUUACAGCUGGGGAUGGUCUAAGUGAGGAGCUCACAGAGGAAGCAUUUACUAACCAGUUGCCAGCAGGCUUAAUAACUACAGACGGCCAACAGCAAAAUGUUAUGGUCUACACGACAUCAUAUCAACAGAUCUCUGGUGUUCAACAAAUCCAGUUUUCAUGAUCUGAAGAAAACUUUGUAUCUGGGAACAUGAGACAGAAAAGCUGUGCAACUCUUAAUGAAGAGGCAGGUUUAAUGACUGGAAGAGAUUUAUCUCUUUGUAUAUUAAAUAGCUGUAAUGUAGCUACCGGAAGCUUGACUAAUUGAGGUGUGAGUUCUGACUCAAAUCUUUUUCAUGAUGAUUUAAAAAAAAAAAAAAAAUUGGAUUUUAAAGGUAUUAAAGUAUUUUUGUUUUGUACAAGAGUUUGUUGCUCUGUAUAACUCCUGUAUGCAUUGUAUAUUGCAAUUUAUUACUGUCAGAGAUUUGUAGACAGUUUCUUAUUUUCAUAUUGAAUCAUGUUACUUUUGUAAUUCAGGUAAACAGCUGGGUUAAUUCAUGUUUACCCUUUGAAUAAAAUUGUAAGGGUAAAGUUC